UGUGAUUGGCUGCUGCUGCUGACUCCGGCCGGCUUGAUUGGCGCGUUGAUUGGUUUGCGUGUGCCCCGCCUUGGCGCCCUGAUAGGACAAUACCUUUUCCCGGCGCCCUGAUUGGUUGCUCGCGGGAGCCGACUGACUGAGACGUCCAGCCUCUGCUCUGAUUGCUACUGACGCUGACGUUGCUGCGGCCUGAGGCUGGUGCUAAGAUGGCGGAGGGUCUGUCACAAUUGGUUCUGGACUUGACGUGUCCACUUUGCAUGGCGAUCUUCACCGAUCCCGUGGAGCUGCAGUGCGAGCAUUACUUCUGCCGGAACUGCAUCACCAAGCAUUGGGACCAGCAGGGUCAGUUGAUUUGCGCAAUUUGCUCGGAUGUCGGUACGUCAAGUACCUUGAAGAGUAACCGCAAGCUCUUGAACGUGGUGGCAACGGUCUGCAAAGAGCACGCCCGGUUGGAGGAGAAUGCACCCAGUCACCACACCUGCCCGGAGCACCGGAGGAAAAUGGAACGUUUUUGCGUCACCGACUGCGAGGUUAUCUGCCUGGACUGCCGGGACUCGAGGAAGCACUUACAUCACGAUGUCCUCAACGUGCAGGAGGCUGCUGAAGAGUUCAAGACACAACUUCAGAAGUCCGUGACCAAACUGCAGACCUUGAUUGAAAAGCGCAAUGUUGCAAAAAGCAAAUACGAGGGCCUGCUGGAGGAUAUCUUGAAUUCAACCCAGAAUAUAGUGGACAGCAUCAAGAAAAGCUUUGAGGAACUACACAGUUUCCUUUACAGGGAAGAGUCUGUUCUGCUUCAGCACCUGAAGGAGGAGGUGAACCAACAGAGCUCGCAGUUACAGCGGCAGAUCGAUCAAAUUCCCAGGGAUUUGUCUUCGCUGGAUGCCAGCAUCAAGGCCAUGGAAGAGGAAAUAAACCAGCAGGACAACAUUACCUUUCUACUAAAUCUGAAAGAAACACAGAAGAGAGUGAAGGUUUGUGUGCCUCCCUUGGAGAACAUAUCUGUGAAGGUGAAGCCAGAGAACUAUCUGGGUCCACUGCAGUACUGGACUUGGAAGAAUAUGUUCAAGAUCUUAGACCCAGGUCUUUCAAAUCUGACCUUCAACCCUGCCACUGCCUGCUCCCACCUCUCCCUCUGUGGCCCGACCAGAGUGAGGUACAGCGAGAAGCCGAAGGUGGUCCCUGACACCCCGGAGAGGUUCGACAUUGCCACUUUCAUCCUGGGCUCGGAUGGCUUCACGUCGGGGAAGCAUUACUGGCAAGUGGAUGUGGGGGAUGGCAAAGAUUGGAGCCUGGGCAUCGCCAAGGAGUCUAUCAACCGCAAGGGUGACCUCCGGCAGUCUCCCAAGCAUGGCUACUGGACCAUAUACAGAGAGAAGGACAACUUUGGAGCUUUUCUAUUCCACCCGAAAACGAUUGAGGUGAAGGGCAAUCCCACCCGGAUUGGAGUUUACCUGGACUACGAAGGAGGAAGGGUUUCCUUCUAUGAUGCGGAUCUCUUUUCUCACCUCUUCACGUUCCAUGCUACCUUCACUGAGAAGGUCUAUCCUUUCUUUUACCCAGGCUUGAAGGUGACCAAAAGCAAUAAUGGGAUGAUGAGGAUACAGCACUUGUACUUGUGAAUAAUCCGUCCAGAGCUGGGAAUUGCUUGUCAGGAACUAGUUCAACCUGCAGCUUCUUAGAUGGGUGUUCAGUGUUUUUCCUCACUUCGCCCACUGCAGCUCCUGCCGCCCCCUCCCCAGUCCCCGGCCCCGCGUCGGGUUUCAUCUUCCCACUGAAAUUCUCUGCCAGCAAGUGCUGAUUCUCGCUGAAGAUGGGAGAUGGAGGUCCCAUUAGUGGCCAGUGAGCUUGCCCAAUAGAAGCUCCAUCCUUCAUCUGUGAUUCCAGAGAGUGUGUUGGCAAGGCUGUUCGACCAGGGUGUUCAACCAGGGUGGGUUGUAGCAAAACGCCAGCCAAGAGAAGGGCCUCCUCCAGUUAGGAAAACUGAUGAGCAAUGAGGAGCGAGAAGCACAGUUCAUUUUUAUGUCUGCUAAACCAUGCGCCCCGACACCCCAAGCCCACAGUCCAGGGGCACAGACCAGACAUUUCAGCCCAGAUCAGAGAUCAAACUACAUUGAAUUUUACAACAAAGAAACAGAUCAUUCACAAUUUCUGCCCAAUGCUGGUGUUUAUGCUCAGCAUGAGCCUCCUCCUACACUACUUCUAUCUCAUCUUGCCUUCUAUCUUGUCUUGCCCUAUCAGUAUAACCUCCCAGUGCUUGAUGUACUUAUGUAGCACAUUCUCACCACUCUCUGGGACCUCCUUGUCUUUAUGACUCAGUGAUGUGGUGGGAAUGUCGUGGGGGUGGACAGCAGGGAUGCAUCCAUUGAGUCUGUAUUUUGUUGAUGGAGAUAUUGUACAGCUUUAGAAUUCUGUUCUCUGUAUGAACUUAUGGAGAAAAAAAUUUAUGCACUGCCCCCAGUGUUUAUAGCAGGUGUGUCUGGAAAUUCUACUUCCUUGCUCUGCGAGAUCGCCAGUAUAAAUGUGGCAACACCAUCCUAGUACGUUAUAACAAGAAUGCUCCUGUGUCAUUUACCCAGUUGUUUCCAGCUUCAUUCUGACUUACAGCUUUAUUUAAACUGCAGUCACAGCUCAGUACAUACUGUAACCUCCACUCACUUAGAGAGAAGUGGAAGGGUUUAAGUACACACAAGGUAAUUGAACAUUAACAAAAUGUUAUUUACUAGGUGUUUGUUCCUUGCAUUCAGUGUACCCUAACCAGCUGCGCAUUAGUGACCUGAGCGCAACCCGAAAUGAAUGGAGCCCUCAAGAUGGGUCUCACCGGCAGCUUUCAAAAUUAAUCACAAUCACAGAAUUAUUAUGGUGCAGAAGGAGGCCUUUCGGCCCAUCGUACCUGCGCUGGCUCUCUGAGCGUUUUAAUUUUUCCUUUUCCCCGUAACCCUGCACACUGUUUCUAUUUAAAUAAUCAUCCAUUGCCCUCUUGAAAGCCUCAGUUGAACACUUCCAGGCAGUGCAUGCCAACCCCUAACUACUUGCUGUGUGAAAAAG